UCCACUCCCUCCCUUUUCACUUCAACCGAUAAACAAAAUGGCUUCUCAAAAACUUCCCUCUCUUGUGUUCUUUCUCUUAUUAGGCAUUGGGGUUUCUUCUGCAGCAAGAGCUCUGUUGAAUUAUGGCGGAGGUGAACAACCUGGCUAUGUUCCUCCCUUUGGUUAUGGUGUAGGCCAUGGUGGAGGCGGCGGCAGCGGUGGCGGAUACGGUGCUCUUGGCGGUUACGGAGGUGGUGGAGGCUACGGAGGUGGUGGUGGUGGCAGCUACGGUUCCGUAGGAGAAUAUGGCGCUGGAGGGUAUGGAGGUGGAGGCGGAAGUGGAGGCGGUGAAGGUUAUGGUCCGGCUGGUGGACGUGGUGCCGGAUACGGAGGUGGUGGAGGAAGUGGUGGAGGAGCCGGUUAUGGUCCGGGUGGUGGAUAUGGAGGAGGUGGUGGAAAUGGCGGCGGAGCCGGUUAUGGUGGUGCUGGUGGUGCUGGAUAUGGAGGGGGUGGAGGAAGUGGUGGCGGAGCCGCCUAUGGUGGUCCCGGUGCUGGAUAUGGAGGUGGCGGUGGAAGUGGCGGCGGGGCCGGCUAUGGUGGCCCUGGUGCUGGAUAUGGAGGUGGCGGUGGAAAUGGCGGCGGGGCCGGCUAUGGUGGUGCCAGUGGUGCUGGAUAUGGAGGUGGUGGUGGAAGCGGUGGCGGAGUCGGCUAUGGCGGUCCUGGUGGUGCUGGGUAUGGAGGGGGUGGUGGAAGUGGUGGUGGUGGAGGAGCAGGAUAUGGUCCCGGAGGAGAGCACGGCGGUGGUUAUGGGAGCGGAGCGGGCGGUGGACACGGCGGAGGAGGAAGCAGUGGUGGAGGAGGGUCGGGAUAUGGAGGAGGAGGUGCCACCGCGCAUGGCGGAGCAUACGGUGGUGGUCAUGAAGGAGGUAGUGGAUAUGGUGGAGGUGGUGGCAGCGGAGAGGGCAGUGGCCACGGUGGAUAUGCUCCUUGAUAAACAAUUUCUCGUCUGGCAAUUGCUCAUUAUCCAAAUAUAUGUUAUUUACCAUGAUAAUAAGAAGCUAAAAAAGUCAAAUA